AAUAAAUAUUGCUUUAGCGUAGAAGAGAAGGCAGAGACUAGAGAGAGAGUAAAAAAUUUUUAAAAAAAAGGCAAAGAUUUAUGCGAAUGUAACGCAUAGGGUGAGGUUGUUCCAAAGUCACUCUCUUUGCAACCUCCGAGGAAUUUUGAUAUCAUCUUCUGCGAUAUUUUGUCAUCAAUUUUUGAAAUCUCUUGUUAGACAGAUACGGGAGCUUCUGUUUGUGUCAGCAAGUUCUUCUCUUUUGUCCAUUUCGAUUCUCUCUGUUUGUGGGAAAAUGCUGGUUCGGAGGAGGGUGAUGAGUUGGAGAAGGGUGGCCAAGUCCCUCCAAGCUCUGCUUGCUCAUGCCUUUCUCUUCUCCUUUACUCUUCUUCUUGCUCUCAAGCUUGACCGUUUCAUUCAUUAUGCAUGGUGGGUUGUAUUUUUUCCUCUGUGGCUUUUUCAUGCUGUGGUAGCACGGGGCAGGUUUUCCUUGCCGGCUCCUUCAAUGCCUCAUGAUCGCCGAUGGGCUCCUUGUCAUUCAGUCGUAGCUACACCAUUACUUGUUGCAUUUGAGCUACUUCUUUGUAUACAUCUGGGCAGCAGUUAUGCGAUGAAUUUAAAGAUUGUCUUCGUACCCCUGAUAGUUCUUGAAGUGGUGAUUUUGAUUGAUAAUGUCAGGAUGUGUAGGGCUUUGAUGCCUGGAGAUGAUGAAAAUUUGACUGAUGAAGCAGUAUGGGAAACUCUUCCUCACUUCUGGAUUUCAAUAUCCAUGGUCUUCUUUAUCGCUGCCACAGUGUUCACCCUACUAAAGAUAUGUGGUGAUGUUGCUGCUCUAGGAUGGUGGGACUUAUUUAUUAAUUACGGAAUUGCACAGUGCUUUGCGUUUCUUGUUUGUACAAAGUGGCACAAUCCAGCAAUUCAUGGAGGUUGUCAGAUUGCAGAACCAUGUUCAUCGUCAAAUACCAUAAGAUACCUGGACUGGAGUAGAGCAGGCUUAGUUAUUACCACCAAUGAAGAUGGGCGGCAAAAUGGAUUCUGCAAUCUGCAGGACAUUUGUGGGCAUAUUAUGAAAAUUCCAUUCAUUGGUUUCCAAAUACUUAUUUUUAUGCAUUUAGAGGGAACACCAUCCAGCGCAAAAUAUAUGCCAAAUUGGGUCAUUUUUUCACCCCUCUUUCUGUUGCAAGGAGUCGGGGUUUUGUUUGCAACAUAUAGAUUAAUAGAGAGGAUAGUUCUUUUACUCUACACUGGAGAUAUUCCUAGAAGAUACUCAGCUGUAGCAUCAAGAUCCCGUGAAUGCUUUGGCUUCUUUCGUCGUGGAUCAAGGUUACUUGGUUGGUGGUCAAUAGAUGAAGGGAGUAAAGAGGAAGAAGCUAGACUUUUUUGUGCUGGGAAUUCUGGGUACAAUACUUUCACCCCGGAUACAGUGAAAAAAAUGCCUAGAACAGAUCUGGUUGAGGAGAUUUGGAGACUACAAGCUGCGCUGGGUGAACAAACAGAAGUUACAAAAUUUAGCCAAGAGGAGUAUGAAAGACUUCAAAAUGAGAAGAUCUUAUGUAGAGUUUGCUUCGAAGAGCAGAUUAAUGUGGUCCUACUUCCCUGCAGGCAUCACAUUCUUUGCAGCACUUGCUGCGAAAAAUGCAAGAGGUGUCCUGUGUGCCGCGGCCCCAUCAAAGAACGGAUGCCUGUGUAUGAUGUGUAGAUUGAGUACAAUGAAGAUGUAUAGAUAUCUUACUGACCAUCCAGCUUGUGGUUUUAGAUGAGGCAAGCACUGAGGGUUAUCAAUUUCUCUGUUCAUACAUAUCAUGAAGUUGUAUAUAAUUUUUUAAGCAUUCAAUAAUAGGUAUUGCAAGUUUACCCCCUCCCCCGUCUUUCUCUCAGUGCAUUCUUGCAAUUGUGAAGGGAUUGCCAAUGUAGAUGCAUUGCCUAUGAUGCUAUCUACACCAAAAAUGCAAGAUGAUUGUUGAACUCUUUGAACUUAUAUCAUGCCAGGAUUGAUUAUUUAGGGAUUCGAUUAGAGAUCUAUAUUUUACAAUAACAAGUAGAAAGUGGUCAAACAGAAUGUAAUUAAACCCGAAUAUAUGCCCAACAUAAGCUAUUCUUGGCCACUACUGAUUUAACAGAAUUAUUUUGGAUGCAUACACAUCUAUUAUACUCGUAGACUACAAUGUGGUCUGUAAAAAAGAGACAAUAAUGUGACACAUAGAUUUUCUUUGUUUUUAUUUGUAGUCACUAUUGAAUAUUAAA